AUGGUAAGUUAAUAUGGUUCGACCGAUGUUUAGUCGGGAUUUUUCUGUUUUUUUUUGAGAUGUGGAUUGUGUUUCUUGAAGAUAAAAUGCUGGAUUUAGUUUAUAUUUGUAAUACGGAUAGCUUUAAGUGUUUGAAGUUGAUCGACAGAGUUUUGUGGUUGAUUUACGUGUGGCGUUUGUGAUUUAAUAUUGUUUUAGACGUUUAGGUAGUUUUCACUUUUAAAAACUUAAAAAGGAAGGAAAAUUUUAUUUAAAUUUUGACUUUGUUUUAGAUAAUAGGUAAUCGAAUCAGAGUCGAGCAUUAUUUUAUGGUCUUACCUGAAGAUUCAGCUGAAGAUUCAGCUGAAGAAGCUAUACCUCAAAAAGCGACAGCAACAAGACAACCAAUUCCUAGGUUAAGUAAAGUAAAAUCAAAAUUUGAUGAAAAUCGUGCUGUAAAAUCAGAACCUGAUGCAAAAGAGCCAGUAUCUACUGCUGGUGAGCCAGAAGUUGAGAUAGAAGGUGCAGAACGUGAAGCGGAAGAAAGUGAGGAUGACGAAAAAUUUGACCCGCGAGGAUUACAUCACGUUACAAGCUAUCCAGAACGCGAGUAUGAUGUUGAGAAGGUUUUGACAAUGCAACAUUAUAAUGGAAGAACGUGGUACUUGGUGAAAUGGAGUGGAUAUCCGUAUAAUAUGGCAAGCUGGUCAACUAUAACUGAGAUUGGAGCUGAUAGUUAUGUUGUAAGGGUUUUUUGUUGAGAGCUAGUAUUGUAUAGCAUUUUUGAAAGCUAUGUGCCUGUUUUUGAAUUAAGGAUGCUAGUUUUGAUAUAAAAAAGCUUGAAUUUAUCAUUUUUCAAUGUUUAAAUAUCAAAAAUCUUUUUUUAAAUAUUUUUUAGAAUGGCUUAUGUUACAAUUAUAACUUUACAGUUUUAGUUGGAAAUGUUUCAACGCCGUCUGGUCAUAUGUAAAGCAAUAUUCCACAUGGCAAUGGACGAACAAGAACGACGAAAAGAGUUUAUAAAAGAAAAGAAGAUUUCGAUACGUCGGGCAACUGCAAAUGAGAGAUAUCUUUGUUAUCAAGCACCCUACUUUCCUCUAAUUAACCAUCCUCAAAUCAACUACGUUGCCUUGUACGCCUGUCAUCAAUGGGAGAACGAAAUGAACGUUCAGAAUAUUGCUCAUGGUAUUUCUCCCGUCUACGUUGAGAACUGGGUGGACUUUGAAGCAAAACCUCCGAAUUUCACGUUUACAUGGAAGAGUAUAUAUCAUGUUAGCUCGGAGAAGGUGAUUGGAGCUGGACAAUUGAAUCCGGCGUUCUUUUCUUGCACUCAGAGGAAACAUUGUUGUAAAAACUUUCUGGAACGUCAAAGAGUUAUUCAUCCGGCGUUCUAUGAAGACACGCUUUACGAAUGUAGCGAAAUGUGCAAAUGUGGUCCAUCAUGUAGAAAUCGAGAAACUCAGGUGGAGUUUUUAAUUUUUUUGAUAUUAUAGUAGAUUAGAUUACAUUUCUCGAAAUUGUGCUAAAAUUGUAGUAGUUUAUAAGAUUUUUUUGAUGCUUAAAGACUAAUAUAAAGUAUCAUAAUCAAUUGAAUUACGUAACUUUAGAAAGGCCGCCAAGUUCCGUUGGUAAUAUUCAGAACCGUCGAAAGUGGCUGGAGUGUUCGUGCAGCUGUCGAUAUGCCUCGAGGAACGUUUGUAGCUGAAUAUUUGGGUGAGAUUAUUACUCCAGAAGAGAUGAGACGUCGCAAGUCUCAUCGUUACAUGUUCGACAUUUACUUUGAAGAUGGCGUGACACGAGCCAAGAAGAGAGAAGCAGUCGAAGAAGUUAUGGACCAAGCGAGAGCUGGAGAAGAAGAAGACGAUGAUGGUGAAAGUGACUUGGUCAUAGGGGAUGAAAAUAUCGAAAUGACGGAUUUGGGCAGUGUUACAGGUUCUGAGGAAGGUAAGGGUUUUGAAAUUUAAAAAAAUUGAUUAAUUUUAAAUAUUGAGGAAAAGUGAAUUUUUUGUUUUAAUUGGCAAUGUUGGUACUUUAAAUUAAAAAAAAAUUUAUUUUUCAGACUUGGCCGAUGAACAGGGAGGCAUAAAGUCGCGUAUUCACAAAAUAAAACUGCAAAAGGAUCAAUUUCAGUUCUACGGAGGCCGAUCCGAAUCUACCGAUUCACCUGAUCUUCCCGACAUUAUCGAACUCUCAUCAAAUGAUUCAGGAGACUCAGAUGGCACUAUUAACAUUGGGACCACAAGUGAAGGUUCCUCUGAUGAGGAUGAAGGUGAUAAUGUUGAUGCUGUUAAUGAAAAUGGUGAUUUCUUAUCGACAACAGACGACUCCCUUGAUAUCAUAGAAAUGCCAUCACCUGACAGUAUCGACCUUAUGUGCACGAGCAAAGAAAUACAGAAAAGCAACAUUGAGCUGCCGGAGGUUGAUGCCAUCACCGAAGGGAUUCAGAGAAUCUCACACAGAAGUCCAUUUAAACGUCGGAGGUUGAGCAGUUCAACAUCCAUGAAACAUACACCAACCAAAGGCACAUUGAGUAUGUCAGGAGCGAGGAACAGAGAAGACGGUGAUACACCAAAUACCAAAGGAGAUCACACCUAUAAAUGUAGGUUUUCAUUGAUUAUGUAGAUUAAGACUAUAAAAUAAGUAUAAUUCUUUACUUUUAAGACAUUGCAAUGCAUUGUUUAAAAUAUGCUUACUAUAGAGUUUGCUUCAUGAUUUUAGGUAACAAUGUUGCUGAUCCAGACUUAUGUAUCGACGCUGAACGGAUAGGUAAUGAAGCUCGGUUCUUCAACAACUCCUGCGAUCCAAACAUGGUUGCCUACAAGGUUUACAGUAACCCAUUCGACUUCAGACUGUAUAGAAUUUGUUUGUUCACGUCGAGGGACGUCAAGCGAGGUAAGGACAUAGUCAAUGGCAUGUUAUAACUAAUUUUUUGGUUGUUUAUAUUGAUUGCAAUCAUGAUUUGAUUAUUGCUAUAGGUUUUUCUGACACGGGUCGGCAUGCCAUUUCUUUUUUAUCUUUCAUAUACUUAGCGUAUGUCUUAUUGACAUAAUUAUGACAUUUUUUUCAGGAGAGGAAUUAACCUUCAGCUACUAUGUGGGCAAACUUGACCAACUCCAAAACGCCACCUGGACCGACCAUUGCCUCUGUAUGUAUAAGGAUUGUAUCGGCCAAAUCGGGUAG